GGGCGACCCAUGUGCGAGCCCGAAGCAGAUACCGACUGGACGCGUGGCGCGUUUGUCUCGUGUCCGUGUGGACGCAAAUUGGGCCCAAAUUUGGGGCGAAAGUGUGUCUGAGACGGACACCGAGCGAACAGAAUUUGGGUUUGCGUCGGCGCGUUGGGCCGUGGUUUUUGGUCUCGUGGACCCAAAUGGACCAAAGCGGACAAAAUGGGUUGCCGCGUUGGAGUUGGCCUUUAAACACCCUUGAUGAAUGGGUUGGAGUUUACUUUUGGGUUCAUCUUUACUGGCUAGUAUGGUGUGGAAACAGGCUAGCUGAUAAGUUGAAUACCUUAAUUGUUCAAAUCAAGUCAAAUUCUGGUACUUAUCAAGUCACGGCUCCACUAACUGUACAUACCUUAGUAACAAACAGCACAACAUUUUAUUGGCGGCAUUGAAAGCGGAUGGGGAAUUACUUUACUCUUUUGUUAGGUUCAACCUACGUAAAUUCAGGUUUCCAUAUGAGCUGCACCUGCACUAUGUAUUCUCAUUCCUGUCUUUGAUGAAAAGUUAGCUGAAUACAAACUAUUAAGUUACCUCCCUACUUUAGAAGUUAGCUCUAGCAUGCAUUGCUGCCUCCGUUUGAUUUUUUUGAUCUUUUUUUGAUGUAUUAGAAGGAGCACACAAAAGCUGCACACAGAUUAGAGAGCCAAAGCCAUCAGUGGUGAUAUUAUCCAAAAACACAGGCCGACGCUGUAUUUAACGCCCACCAAUACGCCCGUGCCCGCUACCCCCUUCUUUCUCUUCAACCCGGUUGAGGAUGGCCGAGAGGGAGAACGAGAUCCACGCCCGACACAACGGCACCUCGCAGAUCCCGAUCCAGCCUCCGCCGCUCAUCGGCAGCAGCCGCCGCCGCCGCGGGAUCAUCCCCCGGCCUCGGUCUCCUCCUGAGCCAGCCGCGGUCGGGGCCGCGCUAGUCGCGCCCCGGCUUCCUCCUCCCCCUGCCAGAUCCAUUCGGGAUUUGAUAAUAAUGGGGGAGAGCAAAUGGAUGGGAAAAAGAUGGGAGGAGAUGGAUACUGAUGUUCUCGUGAAGAUAUUUAAGGAGCUAAACUUGGUUGAGCUAUCACCAGUAUCUCAAGUUUGCCGCUUAUGGCGUUUGGCCUGUUCAGAUCCACUUAUAUGGGGCACUCUUGACUUUGGGCUUCUAAAAUCCAACUUCAUUCAAACAAGAGCAUCUCCAUAUAUUUGGGUUGAUGACAGGUCUGACAAGAGGCUUGCAAAAAUACUACGGGUGGCAAUGGCAAUUAGCCGUGGAAAUGUUAAUUGUAUGAUAUUCCAUUACAAUCUGUACAUGAAAGAUGAACACCUGCAUUACAUCUCACAAAGAUCUCCUAAUCUAAAACGAUUGGUUAUGCCAGCAUGGAACCGCAUUUCAAGGGCGGGAAUAUGCCAAGCUAUUGAAAGGUGGGGAGAGCUGGAGUCCUUGACUAUGCCUACCAUUGGUCAUCCUCCAUAUAUCAUGGAGGGGUUAGCCAAUAGCUGCAAGAACUUUAAAGAGCUCAAGAUCAUGGGUUCAUUUGAUCUCCUAUUUGCUUCAGCAGUUACCACAUACCUUCCAAAGCUGAAAGUCUUGAGCCUUCGUUGCUCAAAGGUGACAAUGGGUGCCUUGCAAUGUGUUCUGAACUCGCUGGAGCAUCUUGAGGUUCUGAAUAUUUCCCACUGCCUGCUGUUUGAGAUGGCCACGAAUGGGCGUAGGCAAGUGAUUCAUGAGCUAGAUAACAAAGCUCUCGAGAGAGCUUCCCGGCUGCGGGAGUUCCACCACUGCCAAAGCAGACAAUGUGUCGCAUGCCAGCGGAUGAUGCUGGAUGAAGGUAUCUUGCGGUGGUAUAGGUAUGAGGACUGGUUUUGGCGACGGGAUGAGGUGAGAUCGCUUGAUCUGAAAGAUUAUGGGAGGCUGUUUGGUGCACAGUGUGAGAUGCUGACAUCGGUGGAUUAGAUGCUAAUCGGGAAAUAAACCUGCCUCCUCAUUUUAGAAGCUUGCUGAUGACGAGCCAGUCAUUCGUAAAUCGUAGCAAAGCAUCGGUAAGCUGUAACCCCAGAGAAAUAAUGGCAAUAAUAAUGUGCAUGCAUGGUGGUGUGGAUAGCUUAUGUUGUAAAUGGAUGAAUAGUCUGUCUUGUUUGAAGGUGUUGUUGCAUAUCUGUGGUGUUCAGAAUGUAAAACUCAGAAACAUAUGCUUUGAAGUGGUGUUUGCAUUGGACUUCGAUUCAUGGUCA